AUGGAGCAAUCCACACCCCUCUCUGAGGCUCAAAAGGUCGCGCUUGAUAAGCUGACCGCGGCCGUAGGCCUAGAGUAUGUAAAGUUUCUAGCUGCACAGGGUCCCGAUGUGCUCAAUGCACGAGUCGAGGCCUUUAUGCAGUAUGAAACGGCCCUGUUGGGUCAGGUUCAAAACCAAGUAGCGUCGGCUAUGCCGACACGCUACGUGGCUAUGCCACCAGAAGAGGCUAAGCCUCGUCCCCUCCGGGUGGACGUUAAACAUUACUCCGGGAAGGAGGGGGAAAACUUGACCAUCUGGAUCCGUGAGAUUGAGAUGGCCAUGGACUCUGGUCUCAUCUCACUAGAGAACCAGCGGGUCUCUUUGGCCAUCUCUAAGCUCGAUGGUAGAGCUAGAGAGUGGGCUUUGACGUGUGGCACCUCAGUCAAUUUGGCAUUUCCCACGUGGGAAUCGCUCAAGUUAGACCUCAUGCGAGUUUUCUCGCCGCCUAACCAGGCAUAUCGCGUGCGAUCACGCUUCUUAUCAACCCGUCAGGGUAAGAGCGAGUUAACGGACUAUGUCCAAGAGUUGAGAACUCUAAUGGCUGCUAUGCAGUCUGACCCUCUCCCUGAGACUGUCUACGUGACAGUUUUCAUGGAAGGUCUCCGCACUGGCGUGGCCAGAACCGAGGUUUUUCGGGUUCAUCCCUCUACUUUUGAGGAAGCUGUGCGCGUCGCUCAAAAUGCUGAGCACAACUUUAAGUCGGCCAGACUUGGUUGGAAUGGGUACAACCCAGGCUUUGCGAGGGCGGCCUCUGCGAGGACUUCGGCUUACUGUAAGCCAGAACCGAUGGAUCUCAGCCAUGCUGAAGAUGAGUGCGAAGCGGAGCUUCAUGUUGCGGAGCAACGACAGGAUGUGAGACGCUGUUACAUGUGCGGAAGCACUAAACACUUGCGUCCCACUUGUCCAUUGCGAAAGCAACAACCGACUCCUAUGAGUCGAAACCCCAGCCUCAACCAGAAACCUGGUAUGGCACGGGGAAACGUCGACACCCAGUAG